CAACAUCGUGUAACCCAAUGAAGCAGCAUAACUAGUUAUAACCUCACAUCACGGUGCACAUGAUACGUAAUCAGCCAUCCGAAAGCCCCAGGAUAUGCAAUUUGUGAUCAACUUGCUAACUUUUCGAGGAUUAGCGCGCCAGUGAUGUUUCGUAUUUAAAAUUUAACUUCUCUAUAAAAAUGUUCAUUUCUGCCCAGAAAAGUGAAUGAAUAAUUCUGUUUAAGUAUAUUAAGAAAUAAAUAAUUUAUAAAUAUGGACGGAAAACUGCCAGCGUGUGUUAUAGACGUAGGCACAGGAUAUACAAAACUGGGAUUUGCUGAUAAUAAAGAACCUCAGUUUAUCAUCCCUUCUGCAAUUGCCAUUAAGGAGACGGCGAAAGUUGGAGAUACUACAAGCCGCAGAUUGAACAAGGGUGUUGAGGAUUUAGAUUUUUUCAUUGGAGAUGAAGCUUUUGAUGCUACAGGAUAUUCUGUUAAGUAUCCUGUGCGCCAUGGUCUUGUUGAAGACUGGGACCUGAUGGAGAAGUUCCUUGAGCAGUGCAUUUUUAAGUACCUCAGAGCAGAACCAGAAGACCAUUACUUUCUCUUGACAGAACCUCCUUUAAAUACUCCAGAGAAUAGAGAAUACCUAGCUGAGAUCAUGUUCGAAUCCUUCAAUGUUCCUGGGCUUUAUAUAGCUGUUCAGGCUGUGUUGGCACUGGCUGCCAGUUGGACUAAUAUCAAUGUAGAAGACCGUUGUUUGACAGGAGUUGUUAUUGAUAGCGGCGAUGGUGUUACACAUGUUAUACCUGUGGCGGAGGGGUAUGUGAUUGGCAGUUGCAUAAAGCACAUCCCCAUAGCUGGACGCAACAUAACAUACUUCAUUCAAUCAUUGUUGCGUGAAAGGGAGAUUGGCAUCCCGCCCGAGCAGUCACUGGAAACAGCCAAGGCCAUCAAAGAAAAAUAUUGUUACAUAUGUCCAGAUAUUGCCAAGGAGUUUGCUAAAUAUGAAGCAGACCCUGGAAAGUGGAUUAAGAAGUACGAAGGCAUUAAUUCAGUAACUAAACAGCCAUUUACUGUAGAUGUUGGUUACGAGAGGUUCUUGGGUCCGGAGAUAUUCUUCCAUCCUGAGUUCGCGAAUCCGGACUUUACUACACCAAUCUCGCAGAUCGUGGACGACAUGAUUCAAAACUGUCCAAUAGACGUGCGGCGACCCCUUUACAAUAACAUCGUCCUUUCUGGAGGAUCUACAAUGUUCAAGGAUUUUAGUCGGCGACUGCAACGUGACAUCAAGAAGACGGUGGAUGCCAGACUCAAGCUCAGCGAGACUCUUGGAGGAGGAAAAUUAACGCCAAAACCGAUAGAUGUCAACGUAAUAUCGCAUCACAUGCAAAGAUAUGCAGUAUGGUUUGGUGGUAGUAUGCUUGCUGGAAUGGUAUGUUGGAAACAUAGAAAAAUGUAG